AUGCCCACCCGCCCUGCUCGUGACAUCUUCCCUGAUCAGGAAGCUCAUCAGAUUCUUAUUGAGAGAAGUCUCAAUGUUCGUCACUAUCUGUAUCUUCAAGGCCAGCUAGAGACAUAUGCUCGCCUGGAGGACCAUGAGAGGAAGGACUUUUUUGCCGCGCAGUUCCAAUCCCUUUGGGAGUCCGAACACGUCGGUUGGGACUGGGAUCCCGACCUGCAACCCUCGCGCCAGCAGAACCCGCGAUACCAUCGCAUGCGAGAAGCCGUCAAAAUGUUUUUCCACACGCGUGCUAAAAUUCGGGGCGGGUUUAUUCAACUUCCAUCGGAUGUUCGGGGCACUACCUGGAAAGCAGAAGCUGUGUGUGGAUGGAUCUACGGCGCUGAGAUAAAGUCCUGGGUGCUCAAUAAAACCGGUCUCUCCCCUGGCUCCAAACCGUUCUUGUCCAUGUUUCGCAUAGCCCGACGCGGACUUUUUCGGAAGUUACAGCCUGACGAGAGAGCACUCUUUCAGGCAACGGCUGCAAAUUGGAAUCUCAGCGGUCCUCCCCUGGAAGUAAAAUUGAAGAACUUCCGUGAUAAGUUGGGACCAACAUGUCGCGCGUUCAGUUUGCAUCUCAUGAAAGAUUUUGGUGUCGUACCUGUGAUUGUGUAUGCUGGGCUACCUGGAACCGGUAUCAACGCAAAUAUGUAUGAACUCAUGAAGCAGCAAGGGCUGGCAAAGAGUACUUUUCGCAAGACAUACUCAGUCGGUGGGGUCCUUAACGCCUACCAGUCAUACGUCAAUCAACAGGCAGUGAGCAUCAUGCAAAGUUCCGAGGGCGUUCAAGCCCCGAAACUCCGCUCCCAGAAAUACAUGGACGAGAUCCCUUAUAAAUUUGAGCGUGAUGACUUCAGCGGCCAUAGGCUUCUACUGGACCCAAGUCGGCUACCUGAAGGUUGGGAGCGUACUAUCUGCCUCCCCCUCUUUUAUCAAGUCCUGUGCCUGUCUCAUUGCAUGAUAAGCAAUGUAUCGGAUCUCUCUCCACCCUGGCUGGCUCUGGAACACCAAGUCGAAGAGAUGCUUGCUGCGCCUUGUAUCCUUUCGGGCCGAAUCAUCAAAGGCGGUCCCAAGCACACGGGAGUUCGGACCGUUCGGGAGUACCUCCGCCACUGGUUUUUCACCCUCGGUUACAUAGAGUUCAUCCAGUUCAAGGACGGGACAAUUCAGCCUCCUGUCCCAAGUCCUUGGUGGACGAAAGACAAUGUCUCACUUACGUCUUGGAGUGAAGGGCGCUCUGCCGAUGUGAGCACCAUUCCUGAAAGUCGGUCCAGCGGGCGUUAUUGUACGGCCUUCGGGAGCUCGGGAGUGCGGCUUGUCCUCCCCGAGGUCAUACGUCGUGAUGGCGAAGACAAACCAGCUCCGGAAUUUGCAAAACUCGCCGACCCUGCAGACUCGUACUUGAAUCACCCCAUUGAUUACAAUCCUGCUGAGCCUGCUUGGCCAGCACCGGCCAUAUGCCCCCGAGCACCAUAUCCACGCGGUCAAUGGGUUACCUACCACGUCAAGCAGCUUCAUUGCGAGUUCGCAGAUGCCCUUCUAUCUUCGACUCUGCUUCUAGUUCAGCUUCCGGAAGCGGUACACAAUCGCCGCUACGAACUGUGGAGAUUCACAGACUCUCAGGAGCGCCACCACGAACCUGACUUCCCGUCUUUCUUGUCUUGGGAUCUGGAGCGCUCAUAUCUCAUAUCGCAGCUAGAGGUCGACCAGCUGUGUGCUUUCUUGCGGACGCGGAAGUGGUCUUUCCGUGACAAACGAGAUCGCGAGAUCUUCUCUGGGUUGGAUAUGACGUGGUCUUUCAUCCUUGCGGCAUUACUCUUGCUGAGAGCCAAGGCACAUCGACAGCAGCUUGAGUCAGAAAAUCCUGCAGCCUGGGCUCUAUCGGGGAGUGUGGACUCUCAUGCCAGAGCUUCCGCGUUAACCAUCCAACUAUCAGAUGAUGAGUUUCGCGAUAUACUGCAAAGCUUUCACGGAUAUCUUUACAAAGCUGGAACGCAAGCACGGCAUCCAGGCGUGCCCCCUGCACUAUUAUAUUCAUUCUUCACCUCGCGGAUGGAGUAUGUCUGGUCGCUUGUAUCAUCUCUCCCCGGGAUGUUAGAUCUGUUCGAGACUGUACAGCGCAUGGUUGGCAUGAUGCUGGAGGACUUGCGGUGGCACGAAGAAGGUGGAGAUGCACAAGCUCCCGCUUACCUCCAAGAUUCUUGGCUGUCGGAUACCCUACUGCAGACUGCGCUGGUGGAAAGCUUCGACGCGCAAGCUCAACUCCAUGCAGACAUGCUUCAGGACGCGAUCUCGGAUGUAGGACGCGACCAAUGGCAAGACGAAUACGCGCUGGACGACGACUUCGACCUUCUUCCUGAUGGCGAUCCAUCCCAGAGAUUGUCAGACGCAAUCAACGCCCAGCCUACGAAUGCCAUGCAGGAUUUGGUUGAGGAGGGCCUCGCAAUUGAAUACAACGCAGUGAGAACUCAGCAAUCACUGGCCUCCAUUCGCCGAGAGCAGAACGAGCUGAACAUCGCCAAGUUUGGGACUGCUCAUCCUCCACGCCCUGCUGCAGAAACCAUCGCACUUCCAGAUUCCGGAAGUCUGCAUUACGAGACGCCCCUUCUUCCCCGCGUUGUUCCACCCAAACCGUCUACCACCAGACGGCGACGUGCAAAGCCGGCGCAGUCAGAUGUAAGCCUCCUUGUGCAUCCUCCCACCACUGCCGAUCCACCAAACGCGCCCGCGCGGGGUAACAAAUCUACCCGACGAGGAAGCAAACGCAAGGCCCCAUCAAAUCUGCCUUCGAAGGGACCUACGAAGCGGGCUCGCAAGGCAAAUGUUGUCGCCAAAAAAGCUUCGGGAGCCAAACCCCCAAAGCGCGUCACACGAAGCAAGUCAAAAGUCAUGCUCCGCGAGAGUCCCCUGCCGCAGUCUUCAGAAGACGAUUAUUUCGUCUCCGAUGAAGAUUGCUUGUUGCAGAGCAGCAUGCACGCUGAGCAAGGGCGGAACGAAGCGGAGGCUUUGCAGGAGUGGAUCUCAGGCUCGGGAAGGCUGUUCAUUUUGCGGCAGAAUCAUCGGGUGCAGAUGAACCCGAACAAAGCGCCCCUUCUACUCACAGACUGCGUCCAAGGCCCCGAAGACCUGCCUCGGGAGUUAAAAGGUCGGCGGGACCAAGUACGAACUUCUCAUGAGUAUCUCAGCUAA